AUGGAUCCUCUCAGUAUCCCAGCCGGACAAGAGGAAAACAUGGUCAAGGAACAUGUCGCCAAUUCGCAGGCCGAUUCCAAGCCGGAUUCAGGGCGUUUGAAACCUUUUGUUCUGCAGCAGACAGACAAUUCUAUCGGAUCUGGACUGGAUCCUCGCGGCCACAACACAUAUGCUCCAGAAGCAAAUCUUCCAUUCAGCGACAUUCAAAACGGGAUAGGCUACGGAGAUGAUGUUCAGUUCUGGGAUGCAGAACCCGAGGAGAAAGACUUCUGGAGACUUCCAAUUACGUCGUAUAUGAUACACGGAAAUACGGAAAAAAUCAAUUUCACGGGUAUAGUCGACACUGCAUGUAGCGACAUUUGUCUUCCGUCUUGUAUUGUGAGGAGGUAUUACGACAAUGUUCCUGGCUCUUACAAACAUGAAAGUGGAGUGUACAUAUUUCCCUCCGACCAAACACUUCCUGAUCUUGUCCUCUACGUCGGGGAAGAGUCUCGUGCUGUGAGAAUCUUGGGGAAAUUUCUCCAACCACAAGGAACUCUGGCUGGCAAGCCUUUCACUAGGGGUACACUUCAGGAGAAUUCGGAGACGUGGGGCACAAUCUUAGGCCACCCCAUAUUCUUUUCACACAUUGUCGUCUUCAAAGGGGUCAGAUCUCUCUCUAUUGGUCUGACAGAGAAAUCUGUCGAGGAAUGA